AUGGCUGCGAAUAUACUGCCUCUUCUACGUCUUUGUGACUUGAACUGCUCUCCAUCUCAGGCCUUGAUCACUGAAAUAAAGUCUGCUUUUCGUCAGUACGGAGCUAUUCGCCUAGAGAUCCCCGAAGACAUCCGGUAUCAUCCUGGUGGUGUAUUCCAGCAUGCCUCGGAGUUCUUUGACAAACCAGCCGAUAUCAAGAAACAGAUACAAGGAUACUCUCCGUUUGCCUCAGAAAGUGUUCGAGGCAAAGCUGUAUUUCCCAAAGAGAGUAUCUAUUUCUUUCGUGAAGGCACGGAGCACGAGGACCUUAAAUAUCUCACGCCAGAAUUUUACCAUUCAGUGAAAGCCCUAAAUGACAUAUGGACACCUUUAAGACUGCGCGCAUUGAAUGUCAUAUCUGGGAUGCUAGGCUCGAAAGCACCAUUAACAGGAACUGCGUUUCUUGAAUCUGCUACAUUAGGGGUCCACUAUUACGAUUCGAGAACUGUUCAUGACGACACUCUUUUCAGUCCUCCACAUAAGGAUAGCGGGACGUUGACUGUUUUAUUCCGCUCUUUUAAUGGAAAUGACGGUCUGGAAAUUGCUGAUCUCCAAACAACCGAAAAGCAAGAUAGUGAAGGUGUAGGGUCAGAGGCAUCUUUUAUAUCCACUCCUGCACACGAUGAAGCGCCUUAUGUAAUUCUCAUGGCAGGCAACAGAUUUCAGACCUUGCUUGGGAGUGGUCGAGCUCGGGCUUGCGUGCAUAGAGUACGUGGUCCUGGCUCAGGGGUUUAUAAUGAUUGUGGAGUACAGCGAUACAGCAUUGCGGUUUUCUGUGCUCCUUCUGUGCCAUCCACACGGCGCUCAACCCCCUGA